AACACUUCACGGCGCGACACAAAUAUGCUAGUACAGUACACUACUCGCUCUUGGAGCGUAGAUUUCCCUUUACAAACCGCGUCCACAUAAAAUGAUAAAGCACAAGAUGAGAGCAGCGGGACGUGUGCUAGUGGCAGGCACCGGCGAACGCUGCUUGUCUGCGCUCAACAGCAAACAAUUAUUAACCGAGGACGGAGCCGUAUCGGCUCAACGUGAGAUUCUUGUGAAGGAGGCGUCUCUCUACAUACACUGGCCGUACUGCCUGAAACGGUGCUCCUAUUGCAACUUUAACAAGUACAUCCCCAAAGGCGACAAUAACCACAUAGUCAGCCAGUGCCUUCAGCAGGAGGUCGAAACGCUGCUGCAGCUCAGUCAGGUGUCCCGCAUCACCUCUGUGUUUUUGGGCGGCGGUACCCCAAGCCUGGCGCACCCCUCGACUGUCUCGGACAUUUUGGAAGCGGUCUCCAGGCAGGCGAGUCUGGCACACCAAGCUGAGGUCUCACUCGAAGUCAAUCCCACCCCUGAGGGAAGGGCAAAAUUGAAGGAAUUUAGCCACGCUGGGGUGAACCGUUUCUCCAUAGGGGUCCAGUCUCUCCAGAAUGAUGAUUUAAGCAGACUGGGCCGAGACCACAGCGCUCAUCACGCCCUGCAAACCGUCGAGGAGGCUCGCAGGUUGCGCCCGGGUAAGGUGUCUGUGGACGUCAUGUUCGGGCGGCCCGGGCAGAGCCUGGCAUCAUGGGAGGCGGAGUUGUCAGAGCUGUUGCAGUUGUGUGACGACCACGUGUCCCUGUACCAGCUGACGCCCGAGCGAGGCACCCUGCUGUUUAAACAGAUACGAGGCGGCGAGGUGACGCUGCCCGGCGACCAUGUGAUGGCAGAGAUGUACGAGAGCGCCAGGAGGACGCUGCAGCGGCACGGAUUUGAGCAGUAUGAAGUGUCAAACUUUGCCAGAAACAGUGCAGUGAGUCAUCACAACAUGAGCUACUGGAAGGGAAGACAAUACAUCGGUGUUGGUCCAGGAGCACACGGGCGCUUCGUUCCUCUCGGGCUUGGAGGCGCGCACCGAGAGGCCCGCACCCAGACGCUGGAGCCGGACGUGUGGAUCCGCGAGGUCCGGCGGCACGGACACGGGACUCGGAGGAGGAUUCAGCUUGGCCAUCUUGCACUAUUGGAGGAGGUGUUGGUGAUGGGAUUGAGAAUGACAGAAGGCAUCACGCACAAGCACUGGCAGCUGUUCAGUCCACAGCUGGGCCUCCGUGACAUCUUCGGCUCAUCCGCUGACGUCCAAGAAUUCUUCCACCGUGGCCAGCUGACCCUGGAUGACGGAGGACUGCGCUGCUCCCGGGAUGGUCUGGCGUUACUGGACAGCAUGCUGCCGACUCUACUGCUGGAACUGGAAAGACAGCAAACGGUGGAAUCUGCCAAGUCAUGGUGGUAGUGUUGGCCUUACCUCAAGAAUCUCUUCAUUUCAAUCAACUGCGGCAUAAUAUGACAGUUUUAACAUCGAAAUGCAGUCAUGUUUUACUGGAAUCUACACAGGAGAAUUAUGGACAUGGAUUAUUCUCAUUUGUCCUGUCCUGGACAUAUUAUUCUGCCAUUUCAGAAAUGCUUUAAUAAGAAAGUAGCUUUCAACCAUUUUGGUGUGUGUGUGUGUGUGUGUUCCAGAAGACACCAUGACCAGCAUACUGAUGAUCUCAUUAUGUUUCCCCAUAGAAAACGUGCAGACACUUCUGACUUCAAAUCUUGAUUGUGAAUUAAUGUGGCCGCCGUCUUGUCACGUUUGACGGUUCAGCACGCCUGAUCUGAUGGCCUGCUCAUAAAAACAUGGGACACAAUUUAAAUCAUUACAGUAUUUCAAAGAAUAUGCACAACAAAACAUAAACAUUUAGAUGUAAUGAGAACAUUUACUAGCAUCAGCCUAUUAUAAAUAAUCAGUGGUUGGCUCUCUUGGGAUGUAUUACAUUGAAUAAUUGUCUUCUUUUACAUCCAUACAAUAUCCCCUUUAUUAAUGCUGGAGCACGUCGUGUCUCCUAAUAAGUUGAUGAAGAAUAGGAAAUUCUACCUUAACUAAGAUUUUUAAAAAAAAAAAGCUCACUUUUUUGAAUUAUUACUUUCCAUUAUAUUUAUUAUUGUGGUCCUUUGUAGUGUUGUACAACUUCACUGCAUCACACUGGGAGCUGUUUCUAAUAGUU